AACCCCCUGGCACACGAUAAGAUGAUGUCUCUCCUACCAGAGUAUGUGGUUCCUUAUAUGAUCCACCUAUUGGCUCAUGACCCAGACUUCACCAAGCCUCAGGACUUUGAACAGCUCCGAGACCUGAAGGAGUGUCUGUGGUUCAUGCUAGAGGUGUUGAUGGUCCAGAAUGAGAACAACAGUCACGCUUUCCUGAGGAAAAUGGUGGAGAACAUCAAGCAGACCAAAGACGCACAGUGUCCUGACGACCCGAAGGCCAACGAGAAGCUGUACAUCGUGUGUGACGUGGCGUUGUUCGUGAUCGUGAACAAGUCGACCGCCUGUCAUCUGGAGUCUCCUAAAGACCCCGUCCUGCCAUCCAAGUUCUACACUCCUCCUGACAAGGACCUGAUCAAUGAUAAGGAGUAUUUAUCAUCAGAGGCCAGAACGGUGCUGCUGACGGGAAAGCCAAAGCCAUCUCCUGUCUUGUCUACAGUGAAUAAGACUCUGACGGUGCCAGGUAGGAGAGUCUACAGCAACAAGACCACCGGCUCAGACAGCAACACCAGUACCCACUCCCAGCCCAGCUCUCCUGUUACCAAGACCAGGUAA